AUGGAAUUCAACAACAGAUUAAUACUUUUUAUUUUAUUUAUAUGCUCCGCCUUAAUUGCAGCAUACAGCUGCGGGGAUGCGAAUCAGAAGCCAUCGACCAAGGUUCCCCUGGAUCCAAGGAUUUUAGAAUUGAGUACAAGGGUGGAAAAGGAAAAAAGAUUACACAAUUUAAUAUGCCUAUCAAUUUUUUCUGGGACGAUUAUAACAAUUCUGUUUUCAAUCAUGGGAUUCGCUGUCCAUGAUUACGUUAGAGAUGUCAAAUGGAGAGAGCAACAUAGAAAAAGGAAGUCGUGA